AUGGUGUCAGCGGCAACCGGGAGUGACAGAACGGUCCCGCCUCCCACGUCGUUCCCCUCAGUUGCAAAUAUCUUGGUUGAUGGAGACAAGUCGGUUACUCUCAAAGUGACAACUGUCACCUGUAUCAGCGCCAAGAACUCUACCACGGUGGUGCCUAUCUUGACUCUGUCGAUCGUGGUGGUUGAAGAAAUCGCCCAAGAGUCUGUUGCUGUCCUCACCGUUCCAGUUUCCCCUGCCUCAGAGACUACGAGCGUACACACGCCGUCGCCAUGUCUUGAGAGCCGAACAGGGAAGCAGAAGGAUGCCGAAUUGUUCCGUGUCCAAAAGGCAAGGUAG